AUGGAGUCCAGACUCUUCUGCUGGACCACUUGCAUUCUUCUGGUCGUGUGGUGCCUGCCAGUGCUACCCUGCCCUAGCCGGUGCCUUUGCUUGAAGAGCACCGUCCGCUGCAUGCACUUGAUGCUGGAUCACAUUCCUCAGGUGCCGCAGCAGACCACAGUCCUAGACUUGAGGUUUAACAGAAUACGAGAAAUUCCUGGGAGUGCCUUCAAGAAACUCAAGAAUUUGAACACUCUUCUCCUGAACAACAACCAAAUCAGACACAUUUCCAGAAAUGCUUUCGAAGGACUUGAAAAUUUGCUUUAUCUGUAUCUGUACAAGAAUGAAAUUCAUGCCCUAGAUAAGCAAACAUUUAAAGGACUCAUAUCCUUGGAACAGCUGUAUAUUCAUUUCAACCAAAUAGAAACGCUACAACCAGAGACAUUUGGAGACCUUCUGAAAUUAGAGCGACUGUUUUUGCAUAACAACAAAUUAUCUAAAAUCCCAGCUGGGAGCUUUUCUCAUCUGGAUUCAUUAAGGAGACUGCGUCUGGAUUCCAAUGCUCUAGUUUGUGACUGUGAUUUAAUGUGGCUGGGGGAACUUAUGCAAGGCUAUGCCCGAAAUGGCCAAACUCAGGCUGCUGCUACAUGUGAAUAUCCCAGAAGGCUCCAGGGACGCUCCAUCGCUUCGUUAACAGUAGAGGAAUUCAACUGUGAGAGUCCUCGAAUUACUUUUGAGCCCCAAGAUGUGGAAGUAACAUCAGGGAAUACUGUCUACUUUACUUGCCGGGCUGAAGGAAACCCCAAACCAAAGAUUAUUUGGAUACAUAACAACCACUCAUUGGAUUUGGAAGAUGAUACUCGACUUAACUUGUUUGAUGAUGGGACACUCAUGAUACGAAACACUCGUGAGUCAGACCAAGGUGAAUAUCAGUGUAUGGCCAGAAACUCAGCUGGGGAGGUCAAGACACAGAAUGCCAUGCUCAGAUAUUCCAGUCCUCCAGCCAAGCCUAGUUUUAUAAUCCAGCCCCAGGACACAGAGGUUUUAAUUGGUACCAGCACAACUUUGGAAUGUAUGGCCACAGGCCACCCACACCCCCAGGUUACUUGGACUAGGGGCAGCGGAGAGGCUCUGGAUGGAUCCAGGCAUCUGGCUACUUCUGGAGGACUAUACUUGGAGAAUGUCACCCUGCAGGAUCAUGGUCAAUUUACCUGUCAUGCUGACAAUAAUCAAGGCUCUGUUCAAGCUACAGCAAACAUAAUUGUACAAGCUCCUCCGCAAUUCACAAUAAUCCCCAAGGAUCAAGUGGUGCUAGAAGGACAUACUGUAGAAUUUUUCUGUGAAGCUGAAGGCAACCCACCUCCAAUAAUUGCCUGGACCAAAGCAGGAGGGCAGUUCCCUCAGGAAGGUCUGCAUACAGUUUUCUCCUCUGGAACUUUGAGAAUUGACCAUGCAGCACAUCAUGACCAAGGCCAAUAUGAAUGUCAGGCAGUAAGUCCAUUGGGAGUGAAAAAAGCAUCUGUCCAGCUGACUGUAAAACCCAAAGCUCUCCCAGUGUUUACUCAACUACCUCAGGAUACAAGUGUAGAGGUUGGCAAGAAUAUAAACAUUUCAUGUCAUGCUCAAGGAGAACCACAGCCCAUAGUUACCUGGAACAAGGCAGGUGUUCAGAUUACUGAAAGUGGUAAAUUCCAUGUCAGUGGUGAAGGCAUGCUAACCAUUUAUGAUGCAGGGCAAGCUGACCAAGGAAGAUAUGAAUGUGUGGCUCGGAAUUCAUUUGGCCUUGUUGUGGCCAACAUGUUUCUCACAGUUGUAGCAAUACAGGGUAGACAAGCUGGCGAUGACUUUGUUGAAUCAUCCAUUCUUGAUGCUGUACAGAGGGUUGACAGUGCAAUUAACUCCACACGAAGACAUUUGUUUUCACAGAAACCUCGCACCCCUAGUGAUCUGCUGGCUCAGUUUCGUUAUCCGUAUGACCCAUUUACUGUGGAGACAGCAAGAGCUGGAGAGGUUUUUGAGCACACACUUUUGCUCAUCCAGGAACACGUGAAGCAGGGGCUCACUGUGGAUUUGGAGGGCAGAGAGUUCCUAUACAAUGACUUGGUGUCCCCACACUACCUCAGCCUCAUAGCCAAUUUAUCUGGAUGUACAGCCCACAGGCAGGUGCCCAACUGCUCUGACAUGUGUUUCCAUCAGAAGUAUCGAGCCCAGGACGGAACGUGCAACAACCUGCAGCACCCCAUGUGGGGUGCAUCCCUGACCGCCUUUGAGCGCAUCCUGAAACCUGCCUACGAGAACGGCUUCAACCUGCCACGUGGGGUCAGCCGUGAGGCCCUGUCAGGCCGGUAUCCCCUCCCACCACCCAGGCUGGUCUCCACAGAGCUGGCAGCCACGGCCACAGUCACUCGUGACCAUAGAUACACACACAUGCUCAUGCAGUGGGGCCAAUUUUUAGACCACGAUCUAGACCACACAGUGCCUGCGUUGAGCAUGUCUCGCUUCUCUGAUGGGCAGCCGUGCAUCUCGGUAUGUACGAAUGAUCCUCCUUGCUUCCCCAUCAUCAUUCCUGACACUGACCCCCGAGGGACCCGAGCACCGUGCAUGUUCUUUGCACGCUCCAGCCCCGUGUGUGGCAGUGGCAUGACCUCCUUAGUGAUGAAUUCAGUCUACACGAGAGAACAGAUUAACCAACUCACAGCCUAUAUAGAUGCCUCUAAUGUCUAUGGGAGCUCGGAGCGGGAAUCCCAAAUUCUCCGAGACUACUCAGAACCUCGGGGACUCCUGAGGACAGGCUUGCUGUGGGUGCGGUCGGGAAAGCCCUUACUGCCCUUUGCUGCGGGCCCACCCACUGAGUGCACAGGGUGGGAGCAGGGUAGCCGCAGCCCCUGUUUCCUGGCCGGGGACCACAGGGCCAAUGAGCAGCUGGCCCUCACAGCCAUGCACACGUUGUGGUUUCGGGAACACAACAGGGUCGCCACGGAGCUGUCUGCCCUGAACCCCCACUGGGACGGAGACACCCUUUAUCAUGAAGCCAGGAAGAUUGUGGGUGCUCAGCUGCAGCACAUCACCUACAGCCACUGGCUGCCCAAGAUUCUGGGGGAACCUGGCAUGAAGAUGCUGCGGGAUUACCAGGGCUACAACCCCAAUGUGAAUGCAGGGAUCAUUAACUCUUUUGCUACUGCAGCCUUCAGAUUUGGUCACACGUUAAUCAAUCCUAUUCUUUAUCGACUAAAUGACACCUUCGGAGAAAUCCCUGAAGGCCACCUUCCACUCCAUAAAGCUUUCUUUUCACCCUCCAGAAUAAUCGAGGAAGGUGGGAUAGAUCCACUCCUUCGGGGGCUAUUUGGUGUGGCUGCUAAAUUGCGGGUACCCUCCCAACUGCUCAGUUUAGAGCUGACUGAGAAGCUGUUCUCCACCGCCCACUCUGUGGCCCUGGAUUUGGCUGCCACCAACAUUCAAAGGGGGCGAGACCACGGGAUCCCUCCCUAUGCUGACUUCAGAGUUUUCUGCAAUUUGACUUCUGUUGAAAAUUUUGAGGAUCUUCAAAACGAGAUUAAAGAUUCAGAGAUUCGACAAAAACUGAAAAAGUUGUACGGCUCGCCAGGCGACAUUGACUUCUGGCCUGCCCUCAUGGUUGAAGACCCGAUCCCUGGUACGAGAGUGGGACCAACACUUAUGUGCCUGUUUGUUACCCAGUUUCAGCGGCUAAGAGAUGGAGAUAGGUUCUGGUAUGAGAACCCCGGGGUGUUCACUCCCGCACAGCUCACUCAGCUAAAGCAGGCGUCACUGGGCCGCGUGCUCUGUGACAAUGGUGACAACAUCCAGCAAGUCCAGGCCGAUGUCUUCGUGAAGGCACAAUACCCGCAGGAUUACCUGAGCUGCAGUGAGAUACCUCAAGUCGAUCUGCGAGUGUGGCAAGACUGCUGUGAAGACUGUAGGAGUAGAGGACAGUUAAGAGCAUUCACACAAGAAUCUCAAAAGAAACGCUCUGUUCAAUACAGCUAUCCUGAUGAGAAAGAUAAGGACUUAAGUGAUCUAAUCAGUAGGCAACAAGGUCACUUGUACAUUGAUGAAGAUGGUAGAAACGUGACACUUCUGGCAAAAGCAAAGUUUGCCCAAGAUUUCAGCAAUUUUGCAGUGGAAAUUCAAAAAACCAUCAAAGCUCUCAGAGAACAGAUAAACAAGCUGGAGGCACGCCUCAGGCAGGCGGGAUGCACAGAUGAUAAAGGGAUUCGAAGAAAAGACAAUGAACACUGGAUGAAAGAAGACUGCAUUAGCUGUAUGUGUAAGAGUGGCCAGGUCACCUGUAUGGUGGAGACUUGUCCUCCGGCUCCAUGUCUCAGUCUUGAAUUGGUGAAAGGAACCUGCUGUCCAGUUUGCAGAGACACAGGAAUGCCAGCUGAUUCCUCAGAGAACCGCUAA